CCCGUCUGCAUUUUUGCUGCCAGAUCCUCCUCUUAUGAUUUCAUGUCUGAGUCGCCCGCCAAAUACGAUCCUCGCCGCUUUCACAUCGACAACAGCUGACUGAUCGUGCCAAUGCGCCAGCAUGGAAGCCCAACAGCCCACACCACGGAGCGCGGUUGCGCGAUCGCUAGAAGACGUCGAAUGGCCUGCCGUCCCCAGGCAUGAGAUCAGACCCCACACGCACGAUUUCACCUUGCCAGACCUCAAGACAGUGCUCUCGCCAGACUUUGAGCGCCUGUCCACCCCACGACAUCCCCCAUCGCCGCAGUCUGCGCGUAGCCUACCGCGAAUCGACCUGGGGCACUCGCUCAAUGAGCGCGGAGCCGAUGUGAGGAUGGCGAGUCCACUCGAGUCUGCCAGUGUCAUAAGCCUAGAAGAGAGAAAUGGACGAGCGACAAGUGUGGUAUCAAUGGAGGACCCCGAUGUGAGACUGGCAGCAGAAGCGCUGUCCGGCUUGGGCAAUCCAGAGUACAGUCGUGCUGCCCGGAAUCAGAGCCGACAGAUGUCACAGACGAGCUCGAAGGAACUUUCACAAGCCGAAUAUAGGGAGGACCCGGAGCCGAUCCUAGAGCUUAUAGCGCAAGCCCACCCAUGGGUUGGUGGUGCGGUGAAAACUUCUCUGGCAGCUUAUUCCACAACGAAGGGUUUCACGCCUCGGAUUGUGCAGGGUGCUGCGAGCAUGAUGGAGCGUAAUACUAUCAAUGUAGCAAGCUCGGUAGGAGGCAUCACCGGCAUAGACGCUGGUGUACGCCGCUAUCUACAGUCUCGUCGGCCUGGAGAUAUCGAGAAUGGUUCUGUCGAUAAGCAGGACAUCUCCAUGACGGACGGCGAUGCUCCCAGACAUCUCCACGAAGCACAACUGCCUCCAUAUAGUCGUAGCCGGCCUCCGUCAUACCGCGAAGAAGCCAGUCCGAUGCGGCCUCCACAUUGUCGUAGCUGGAGCUCGCAAUUCUGGGUAACUACUGGUGGGCUCUCUGUCGCACUCAGCUAUACCUCCCGGAAUAGCUUGCGAAUCUGCCUGAGCCUACUGCGUGAUGCUGCAUCGGGCGUGCAGAACCUGAGCAGAGCGCUCCAAAUCUGCCUGGAGCAAUACGAGCAAGCCCGUGACCAGAAAGCUGAAAACGAUGGUGCAAUCUUGGAGAAAGGACAGCGACCAUCUACGCCAGAACGGAACGAACACGCUCGCAGGCUAGCCGAACAGAUUCAAAGAACAUGCGACGAGAUUAUGAAAAAGCUGCACACCGUCGUCAAAGCAGUAUCUGCUUACACUGGAGGAGUGCUGCCUGAGAAUGCCAAGGAGUUUGUUCGAAGGCAGCUCAUGUCGCUACCGGAGCGUUGGCAAAUCGUCUCGAGACAGCAAGCUGUGGCUUCCGAGACCAGUCGAAAUGCGCUCCGGAUGAUUGACUUUGCGAGCGAGGGGCUUGAAGUUAUGAGCCAAGUCAGCGGUGUCUUGAAGGCCACUCUUGACUCUGCUGAGCAAUGGCUCGCGCGAGUCGGUAGAAGCGACAGCAAAAACGACAUGCAGGACGAAGUGAUGGACGACGCUCCACCUCCACCUCCACGCUCUGAUCUGGAGAGGUCAUGAGCAACCAAGCAGACGUGCCGGCUACCAUGUGGUCCUGAGGCAUAGGUACCUUGCAUGAACAUUCGAUACCAGACGAGAUAUCAAACAUACCUGAUGCCGGCGAGCAGGAAAUAGCGAUGCAGGGCUGGCCAUGGUGCACCAGAUGUCGCUGCGACACAACUUUGGCUAACGGGUUCAGACCUUAGACACAGCCAAGACCAAAACAAAAGGUCAGGACGCCAUGCGUGGUCUUCCCGCUACUCGAACAAAAAAGAAGGAAGCGGGAGAGUCAGGCCGUGGUGAUUUUUAAGUGAUAUUCCAACUUACGUUGCGGCGCAGGAAACGUAGCGUGGCGUUCGGCGAGGGUUUGUCUAGGGCCACGAAGUGAUGAGAAAGCGGUGCAAGUUGUAGAUGAAUUGUAUAUUUUAUGCACAAAACUGUAAGAGCUGUAUUGAGUCGAUACUAUUGCGA